UUCCGAAUGUAACUAAACGUUGCAAAUCAACACAAAUACGAUUUCGGAAUAUUAUCUAUGAAAUCUACAAUGCUGUAUUGCUGUUUUAAACACCAUAAACUUUAGAAAACAGUUUUAGAUUGUAUUAUUUUUCGUAAAUGAAACAUAAAAAUAGAUGAAGAAUCAGCGCAAAUCAUCCACAGGAAUCAUGAGGAAAUAUUACCAACUUAUUCUCAUCGUCAUCUGUCUGAUCAGCGUAGUAACGUUACUCAUAUACCGCCACGAAUACUACCGGCUUCGUUAUGUAUUGGAAGUGCUUAAUUUCUUUGGAAAACCUGGACUGUCGGAGAUCGAAUUUUGCGGACCCGGUUUCAACGCUACAAUGCUAUCAGAAAUACUUAAGAACUCAUCCAUGGAGAUAAGAGAAACGCCACCCUUGUUUCAACAAAUAGAUGAAAACUUUUAUGCAUACACAUCAUUCUUGAAGUCAUAUCAAAAAUAUAACAAGUUGACCCCAUCCGAUGUACACAAUAUAGAUACGAUAGUAAUCGGUAAGGCGCAGAGUGAACCCAGUUUCCGCUGUAAUAUUUGGUUUGACAACAAUAAUAAACCCAAAGCAGGAAAAUUCAGUUAUAGAGCUAUCACAGAACCAGUUGGUGAAUUCAGAGUUUAUGUCUUCCAGUGUUCACUUAACAAGAAUUUGGGUAAACCUAAAGGAGUAAGUUUUUAUGUAAAUGAUUACAAUAUUAAUCCCAUACAUGCACCGAUUAAUAGACUUAUUGCGGUUAAUACAAAAAGGAAAGUUAGGGAAAGUAGUAGUGUAAAGUUUGUCAAUAAUAUUGUACCAGCAAUUUGUGUUAUACCCAACCAAGUACCAAUGGUCACGAGGGACAAUUUUAUUGAAUUUUUAGUUUUCCAUCACAUGAUGGGAUUUGAUUAUUUCACUAUUUAUGAUAGUAUGAUCUCGGAGGAUAUAAUUAGGAGAUUGAACUUGAUACCUUCAGAUAUAACUCAGUGGAAAAUACAAUUUUUCCCUCUGAAUUUUCCGUUUGUUUUUGCAAAAUCAUAUGAAGUAGUACGAAGUGCUAUAGAAUUAGAUUGCUUGUUCAGACACUUUAGACUAGACAAAGAAGAUUUAGGGAAAGUUAGUCAUGUCGUAACAUUAUCUUGGGACGAGUUUUUGGUUCCUAGAGUUUAUAGUAAUGUGAAGGCAAUUAUUGACGACCUAGACCCAACCAGAAAAGUACACAGUUUUGAAGUUAAACCAUUACUGUUCUGUCUGAAUCAAAAUGACGAUGAUAACACAAAUAUUGCCUAUCCGGAUAUAAUGAAGAAAACACACUACUAUAUAAUUCCAAAUCAACAGAUAAAAUCUCUGCAUAUGCGAAAUUUGGAUGCGAUGAAAACAUUUGAUGACAUUUUAAAUUUGAAUUCUAGUAGAAUAAUACCGUUGGAGACAUUAGGUGCUCAUAAGUAUACUGAAUGUAGGGAUCCUAAAACGUACCAACCUGAAUCCUACAAUGAGGAACAGAUGCAAGGCUUUAAACACAGAAUGGAGGGAGCUAUGCUUAGUUUUGCUGAAAGUUUAAACAGUAACAAGAUGUACAGACUGUAUAGAGCGGGACAAAUAUGGGAAAAGACACCCAGUGACGAAAAAGAUUUGUAAUUUGAUGUUGAAAUUAAUGAAUGGGUGAUUAAAAGAAAGGAAAAUCAAGUAUAUGUCAUGUCAUGUUAAUUUGAACAUCGUUAAUUUAAGAGCUUAUUUCUCUACAUCUAAUUACGACAUUAUUGUAAUAUUACAUAGUAUUAAGGCAAUGAUGUGCAAUUUAGGUUCUUUUUUUAUAUCUGUAAAGUAUAGAAGGUUGGUGUAAAACAAAGUGAGAUUAAGUUUAUUGAAAUUAAAGUGUUGAAAAGAAAGUAUUGUACACUUAUGGUAAAUAGUGAGAUGACACAUUUGCUUUAAAUUUUGGACUGUAAAAAAAUGAAAUUUUAAUGAGGUUUCCUCAAAAUUAGUGGUAAACAAAAUGUUUGACUCAAGAUGUGGGAUGGAGUAUUUAAAUAAAAAUGGUUAUUAAUUCGGACAAUCAAGAAUUAAAUUUUAGAUGUAUAAAGUUUGAACCAAUACCUCCUAAAUGUUAAAAUUACUUUGAGUUUUGCACAUGAUAUAUUUAACUUUGUGGUAAUUUAAGUAAUUGUAAUCACAAUAACACUUAUCAUAGUUUUAGAUAACAGAUGCUUAAAUGAUAUGAUUCUAGAGGACGUACCAAUACUUUGAAUUGAGCAAUGAGCAAUUAAUAAGUGAUAAUAUAGACAAAUAAAUGUUUUAUGUACAACAUUCUUAGAUAUUAGGAAUUUGGGACGAGAGCUGCAAUGAUUUGCUAUUUCUUGUGCGGUAAGACCGUUUUUUGUUACACAGAGUCUGGUGGUCAUUGUGUAUUCAAUCUCCAAUGGUGCCAACCAUUGUAAUACUGUAGUAAAAGCGCGAUAUAGAAUUUAACACUAAACGUACCAUACAGUCAAUAGACCCAAUUUGAACUUUUGCAUUGAAAAUGCACAUAUCAUCAUAUUGCUAUCCACCCGCUAUGGUAGAAAUAGGUACCAGUAAGUGUUGGUAUGAUUAGUGUUAAUAUUUCAGUUGCACACCAAAUACUAAAGAACAAAUAGAUCAUGGCACAGAGUUCGUUUUGGCAUUUACUUAUUUGAGACAUUAAUUUUCGUGGCCGCAUACCAAUUGUUGCUACUGACUCGAUAACAUAGACACAAAUAAACAAAACCGGGCGAGUUUACUCUUUAAGUGCGAUUGUCUUUGAAAAUAGAGUACCCAUUGGGCUAUACCCUUAUAUCUAAAAAUACUGUUAGCAUGUAUGGACCCUUAUUCAUAUUUGUUUAAAAACGUAUGCUACCAUCUAUUGUCAGUAGGCACGGUACGAUGUUGUGAAAGCUUAUUUAAUUUUGAAAUAUUCUGCUUAUUAAUAGCAGAAAUAAUAUAACGUGUUAAAUAAUAAGUUACUUUACUAAUAUUAUACAUUGCUCUUUUUUUUAUUGCCCUUGUAGGCAGACGAGUAUACGGCCCAUCUGAUGGUGAGUGGUUACCGUCGCCCAUGGACUUCAGCAGUGCCAGGGGCAGAGCCAAGCCGCUGCCUACCGCUCGUAGAAGAGACUUAUCUCGGUUGACGACCGUGUAUUGGGAGACGCACGGUGGGUAGGCUUCUCAUAAGGUGGACCGAUAUCCUCACAAAGCGCUUGGGAAUAUGCUGGUUGAAGGCAGCGCAGGACUGGUCGUUGUGGAGUAUUUUUGGAGAUGCUUGUAUACGGCAGCUAACGUUUUUGAGAGCUAAAGAGAGAAAUUAAUAUUUUAAUACUACCUUAACUAUUUAGUUAAUGUAUUAAAUCACUGCCAUCUAUCCCAAAUUUUGGUAAACUAAAUAAAUAGCAUUGACCGAUAGAAAUAUAUCACAAACUAAAGGCUAGACAGGGCUUGAUAAUUGAAAAUAAUACAAUUGAUGUUUAAAUGUUAAUAAUAGCCUAUUAUUCUUCUUGAAAGAAAAUCAAAUUAUUAAGGACUAAACUGAUUCGAUGGUUAUUUCUCUCAAUAGUACUAUUCGUUAUUUUACGUAAAGCCGUGUGCAGUGUGCUUAGUGCGAGUUCCUUAACUUUCUCGAUAAGUAAAAAGCGUAAAAGGUAAGCCAAUUUUGUAUGCAGUUGGAACAGCGCCCCUAGCGGCAAACGUACGCAAACGAUCCCAUUCCAUACAAAUCGAUGCCUCCAAUGAACACUA